AUGGCGGCAGCAGCAGCAUUCCUCAUCCUCGUCGGAGGCUACGGCAACGCAAUCACAUCACUCAAGUUCACUCCUUCCACUUCAUCACUCACUUAUAUGACCCAGACGAACGUAGCGCAAAUGACGACUUGGCUCUCCACACACCCUGCCAACUCCUCGAUUGUGUAUGCGGCACAAGAGGCGUGGUACACCACCGGAAAUAUCUUUUCCCUCAUCUUGAACCCUACUACCGGUGCUCUGACCACGAAGAGCAGCAUUAGUACCGGGCCGAUGGUUUCCAACUACGGCGGCGGUUGUGUCCACGUUACGCCCAUUAAUGGUGGAACGGCCUUGGCGGCUGCCAAUUUCAACUCCGGAAGCGCAUUCGUUGUGCCCCUCAAUAGUGACCGACUCACCUUUGGAAGCGGUCAAGUGCUGCAAUUCACUGGGUCGGGGCCAAUGCAGAAUCAAAAAUCGGCACACGCACAUCAGGCAAGCCAUACAUUUCGUUUGGCUAUUGAGUACGGCAAUGAAGUCAUUGUCGCGGACCUCGGCUCAGACUUCGUGCGGAGACUCACAAAGAAUGGAAACACGUGGUAUGAAGCCGCCAAAAUCCAAUUCCCUGCAGGGAGCGGGCCAAGGCAUAUGGUCGCGAUGAACAAUACUCUCUACACCCUCCACCAAAACUACAACGCCCUCUCUCAAAGCACACUUCCAGCCCUCGGCUCUGGAGGCAUCUCACAAGUUGUCGCCAACUUUACAAUCGUCCCUCCGGGAACGUCGAACACCUCGGGCAUGUCAGCAGCGGAACUAUUAUGGGCACCCUCUGUUACCUGUGGAGCAUCUCCACUACUCUAUGCUUCCAAUCGCGACGAUCCAUCGCAGAACGACGCCAUUGCCAUCUUUGAGACUACGCCCGCACUCAAGCCAGUGGCACACGUCCGGACGGGUCUCAAGCACGUUCGAGGAAUGGAGUUUGUUGGUGCAAAUAAGGAGUAUAUCGUUGCGGGUGGGAUGAGUGGCGGAGGAAUCAAAGUCUUCAAGCGUGUCUCUGCAGCUGAAGGCUAUCUGACACAAGUUGCUGCUUUCAACAGUGGACAGAUUGUGCAACCUACAGGAUUCACUUGGAUCAAAGUGUAG